AUGGAAUUUGAGAACUUUACAGCUGCCCAUCAGACCGGACACAACAGCGGAGUAAUUCACAGCGGAAUUUAUUAUACCCCCGGCUCCCUGAAAGCCAGGUUAUGUGUGCGAGGAUCCACCCUCUGCUAUCAAUAUUGUGACCAGAAAGGAAUUUCUUAUAAGCAAUGUGGGAAGCUUAUAGUUGCUGUGGAUCAUUCCGAGAUCCCAAGACUUCAAGCAUUGUAUGAAAGAGGCCUGCAGAACAAUGUGCGGGGGCUGCGCAUAAUCAAUGCACAACAGAUCCGAGAAAAAGAACCCUACUGCAGGGGUGUUAUGGCCAUUGACUCUCCAUACACAGGGAUUGUAAACUACACACAGGUGUCAGAGGCCUACAAAAAUGACUUUAGAGAUGCUGGGGGCAGUGUCCUGACGGACUUUGAAGUUACCGACAUAGAAAUGGUGAAGGAGAGUCCAGCAGGAUCUGAAGGAGGAAUUGAAUAUCCAAUUGUGAUCAGAAACACAAAGAGCGAAGAGGUGCAUUGUAAGUACGUGGUCACAUGCGCUGGCCUAUUUUCAGACAGAUUGUCCCAAGCCAGCGGUUGUAGCCCAGAGCCACGUAUCGUUCCAUUCCGUGGGGAUUACUUAGUGCUGAAGCCUGAAAAAUGCUAUCUUGUUAAAGGCAACAUUUAUCCGGUCCCAAAUCCUCGAUUCCCAUUCCUUGGAUUCCAUUUCACUCCACGGAUGGAUGGGAGCGUUUGGCUCGGACCUAAUGCUGUUUUAGCCUUUAAACGAGAGGGCUACAAACUCUUUGACUUCAACGCCAGGGAUUUCUUUGAAGCAAUAACUUACAGUGGUCUCCGUAAACUUGUACUAAAGAAUUUAUCCUACGGCAUUGGAGAAAUAUAUCGGGCAUGCUUCCUGAGUGCUCAGGUGAAGGGACUUCAGAAGUUUGUGCCUGAACUGUCUGUCAGUGAUGUUCAGAGGGGCCCGUCAGGAGUCCGCGCACAAGCUCUUGAUAGGGAUGGCAAUCUAGUAGAUGACUUUGUGUUUGACGGAGGUUCUGGUGACCUUGCAAGCCGCAUAUUACAUGUGAGAAAUGCACCUUCGCCAGCUGCCACCUCUUCUCUUGCUAUCGCGGAGAUGAUCGCCUCGGAGGUGGAACAACGCUUUGGACUGUGAACUCGUUUCAUUUCACAAUUUAUAGGCCACAAUGUCAUCCUCAAGGAAAAAAAAUUAACAUUUAGUGUGAUCUUUUAUGAUAUUACAACUGUUGAAUGUGAUCUAUGAUACUGUUGGUGCAAAGGGAGUGACUGUGACUAUGAUAAAUCAUGUCUGUAAAGAGAGCAGCAUAGCUAUCAUACACUGUCAAGAGUGCGCUGAGAACCUGGUUUCUUCCCAUUUGCAGAAUUAGCAUUUCCUAUGUACACUUCUGUAGCAGCUCAUUGUCAGCAAAUGAUUUAAAGGGCAUUUUACUGUAAAUUUGUCCCCUUUUUCUAGGCUUUCAAAUUCCCCAGAGUUCUUAUAAAGUGAUGGAUGCCCCAUUUUGUAACUUAUUAAUCAGUUUUAUAGCUUACACUCCCUCCCUCUCCUAUCCACUCUUUAUUUCUGUAGCAUAGGGUCCCAUAGAGUACAUGUACUUGCUAUUCUCUUAAAAAAUACAUGUAUGUACUAUUCUCUUACAAAAUACAUGUGCGUACUAUUAUUUAAAAAAAUUACAUGUACAUAUUGUUCUCUUAAAAAUACAUGUACGUAGUAGGCUUUUUAAAAAAAAAAUACAUGUAUGUACUAGUCAGUAGUGUAUGUUUUGUGCUGCUCUAGGCACUCAAAACUCUGCGCGUGUGUGGGUAGUGAAGUGUGAGUGUAGUGAGACGCAAAAAGUGCUGCGCCCCCAAAUCUGCCGCGCUAGGCAAGUGCCUUGUUUGUCUAGGCCAAAUAUACGCCCCUGGUACUAAUCUUUUUAAAACAUAGAUGUACUUUCUAUUCUUUUAAAACCUACACAUACAUACUGUUCUCUUAAAAAAUACAUGUAUUUACGUACUGUUUUUUUUUUUUAAAUACAUGAAAGUACUAGUCUUGAAAAAUACGUGUACCUACUAUUCUUUUUAAAAAUAGAUGUACAUACUAUUCUCUUAAUAAAUACAUGUACCUGUAUGUACUAUACUCUUUAAAAAAAAAUACAUGUUGGUACUAUCCUCUUUAAAAAUACAUGUAUGUAUUCUUUUAAAAAAAUACAUGAACGUAUUAUUCUUUUUUUAAAAAAAAAAAAAUACACGUACGUACUAUUCUUUUAAAAAAUACACGUACGUAGUAGGGUUGUACCGAUACUUUUUUUCAAAUACUCACCGAUACCAAUUACCGAUAAUUUUUUAUGUCAUGACAGUUUACCUAGCACAUUACAGUGUAAUGAUUUAAGAUCACUUCUUUAUAAUUAUGAGCUGUAUUUCAAAAGACAUUUUGAAAUAAUAAAACAGAUUUAUGUGCUUGUGGUCAAAGUUUACAGAACAUGUUUAUAAAUAAAAAUAUUACAAUAACAUGUUAAUAAUAACAACAAUAAAUAACAGCUGCAGCAGCUAGGGCUGGAAAGCUACAAUUUAAAGGGGGGAUUACUGGAUGCAAUUUGGUUGUAGGGUGCCUAUAUAACUCAUCAAUCUAACAUUUGUACUUAAUACAAAGUAAUAUAAUUUAAUUCUGAAAAUAAUAUUGAGGAAGGAGUAUCCCAAUAAUCCUCUUUGAGAAAAAUGGGUGAUUUGCAUUCUACUAACUCAGUCCAGCCCUGGCUAAGGUUGUUCCUCAGAGUACAGUAUGUUUUGAGCAUAAUUGUGCAAGAGGAGAACUAGUAGUAUAACAGGCAAUCUAGCAAUUAGAAUAUUUUUUCAAAAGUUAGUGGAAAGUUCUUAUUAAGGAACAGAAGCAUCUCUGCAUGUUCAGCUUUAAGUCUGUUUCUGCUAACAACAAGGACGUUUGACGCUAAGCUGAACAGUCUUUCACUUUUCACACUAUUGCAUGGGUUAGAAAGAUAUUUUUGGGCCAUUAAAUGUCAGUUUAUUAACUGCCCAGUACUUCAGGGGUUUGUCUGAAUGACUGCUCUGAUGUACAAUAAUACAAAUAACAGCAAUUUGUAUUGGCAGAACAAUUUUUAGUUAAGUCUCCACUCGAGCUUAAAAUGAAAUGGGAACAUGCAGUUUGAAAAAUGCCACAAAAUGGCGUAUGGGUAGGAAUUGGAGGUAUCGGUUUAAGUAUCGGUGCAUUUGCACGAGUACAAGUACUCAUGCAAAUACUUGGUAUCGGUACCGAUACUAGUAUCGGUAUCGGUGCAACCCUAGUACGUAGUAUUCUUUUUUUUAAAAUACAUGUAUGUAUUAUUCUUUGAAAAAAUACAUUUAUGUACUAUUCUAUGAAAAAAUAAAUGUACAUACUAUUCUUUUAAAAAAUGCAUGAACGUACUAUUCUUUUAAAAAAUACAUGUAUGUACUAGUCUUAAAAAAAUACAUAUACAUACUAGUCUUUUAAAAAAAAUAUACAUGCAUACCAUUCUUUUUUUAAAAAAAUACACAUACCUACUAUUCUUUUAAAAAAUACAUGCACGUAUUUUUUUUUUAUUCUCUUUAAAAAAAAAAAAUACAUGUAGGUAUUAACCCCUUUAGUGCGAACGACAGCUCUGAGCUGUCACAGAGUUUCCCACUCGUGUGCUAAUGACGGCUCAGAGCCAACGCUAGGACUCUCCCACCUUGAGGGAGAUCUGGGGGCUCCCAUCCGCUCCUACCCCGGCGAUUGGGCCUAUCUAGUGACAGGCAUUGCCGGGGCUUCAUGUUAUGCACGGUGACGUCACGCGCAAUAACGUGAUGACCUCACUGCGCAACUUUAUUUAAACUUAACAAUGUUAAGUAUAGGAAAAGGGGUCAUGCUGCUUAGACGUCUGUAUCUCAGGCAUCUAAGCAGCUACAGACCCCCAAGAUCCACCGUUGAAAAGGUAUCGCCUAACCUUUCCAACAUUGUAAGUGGUGAUCUGGGGGGAAAAAAAAGUUAAAAUAAAAUAAAAAAACCCUUUGAACAGCUUAGCGCCCAGGUGGGAAAGUGCUUAGCACUCAAAGGGUUAAAAAAAAUACAUGUAUGUACAUGUCUUAAAAAAUACAUAUACAUACUAGUAUUUUAAAAAGAUACACGUGCGUACUAUUCUUUUAAAACAUACACGUAUGUACUAGUAUUUUAAAAAUACAUGUACGUACUAUUCUUUUUUAAAAAUACAUGUACGUACUGUUCUUUGCUGUGUGUACAUCAUUAUGUCUUGCAUUAACUUCUUAAAGGGACAUAAAACAAGUUGGGAUAGAGACAAAAUAAUAUAAUAUGUACUUUAAUUACUUUACCUGCAAAUUUAUACUGCAGUGCCUCACCGUUAACCCUUUCUUUUUAGUUUCUGAAUUGUAAAGCUCUAACUCCCCCCACACAAUUCCUUUUAUGGCUGUAUCUAUAUCUAUUGUUCUUUUGGUAGAAUGCAAAAGUGAAUAGGGAUUAUCUGCUGGAGCAUGCCUAGAAGCUUUGAAUUUAGUUGAAAUACAAUGCUUGUGACUAAACACUGAUAAGAGGGGCGGAGUUAGCUGCUCCAGGCAGCCUAGCUAUGUAAUUAUUUUUGCUUAUUUUUUAAAAUUAUUUUCAAAUACUUGCCAGCAAUUUUUUAUGUAAACUAUUUUAAAUUAAUUAGCCCUUUUAGGAUAUGCACAUAUCUCAGCCUGUUUUAUGGCACUUUAAUGUCCCCUUAAUCUGUUUAGAUUCAUAUUAUGAACACUCCAUUUUCCUUUCUCAAAGUGAGCAGCUUCUAAAUUAAAAGAUAAAGGUUUGCAUCUAUGUAUGUACCAAUAGUAUGAGCACUGGGAUCAUUUAUAAACCACAAAUGUUCACAUUUAGAAAAUAAAAUUGGUUAAAAAUGUUCCUUUUAAAUGUUUUAAUUUAACAUGAGCCUGUGCUGACUUUUUUUUUUUUUACUUUUUUCUUCUAAGUCUUGGGUAUAAAACAUGCUUUUCUUGGUAGUUUCUGUUUGAGUAGACACUGCUUAUACUUUUUAAAAGAAUAUUAAAUAAGCAAAUUCUCUAACCUAGAUUUUCAAAAUUACUCAAUUUAAAUUGCAGGAUUUUGAAAACAUAGGUCACAGAAUAUGCUUUUUGGCCACUCUGGGGAGUUUGUUUGUUUUUUGUUGUUGUUUUUAAAUAAUAAAAGCAAGAUAUAUUUACAUUUUAAUAUCUCUUUAAAACAACAUACCUGUAUAUUUCAAGAACUAUAAAAAUAGCUGUAUAGGGGGUGCUUAAUGAUAGAAUACAUAAAACAUACAAGAUGAAACAAAGUAUAUACAGAUAAUGAUACACAACAAUAACCCUAGUCACAGGAUAUACUGAACUCCCAUAUAUUGUCAGUUCAUCAGGGGUUAAAGCUCCUGGACUCCCACAUAUUGUCAGUUCAUCAGGGGUUAAAUUUCCUGUAGCAAUUUCAGGAUCACAAUGGCUGCACUUCUCUUCACACGAAUGUAGUGGAAUAAAACAACAGCAUCUAGCAAAUAUAAGAGAAGCGCCUCAUGUGUGCAUCAGUCACCAAAUAGACAAAUCAGAUAGAAAAUGUCAAACACAGGGGACUCACAUAUCCAUAGAGCACCCUUAUGUGCUAGUAGACGCAGGCUGGCAGUAUAAAGGUGCGUCAGCUCACCUCCUCCCGACAGCUGCACGUAGUCCAGGGACAGCGCAAACACACAGUGAUGAUCACACCUUUAUACUGCCAGCCUGCGUCUACUAGCACAUAAGGGUGCUCUAUGGAUAUGUGAGUACCCUGUGUGACAUUUUCUAUUUGGUGACUGAUACACACAUGAGGCGCCUCUCUUAUAUUUGCUAGAUGCAGUUGUUUUAUACCUGUAUAUUUGCUUCUCUUCAUAUGCAAAAUUAUAUUUUUUUAGUACAAUUUUCCUUUCACCGUUCCUUUUUGAAAGCUAAACAAUAUCUGUUUUGAUGGCUAUAAAGGGCACUUAAAGAGACAAAAAACUCAAUAUCUUUCUAUCGUAAGUAUACAAAUUUUAAUAAAAGUUUUCUUAGUGCUACUGAAUAGACUAAUCUCUCUAUCAAGCCAUUACUUACUUUUCCAAUAAAUUGGCUACGUAGCUAUUAAUUUUCUGCAAUUAUGUUGUAGAUAAAGAACGUCAGUCAUUUUUACAUUGUGCUUUAAUAAUUAUUUUCCAGAUAGCCUUAAAAACUUACUAAAACUUUUUUUUUUUAAAAAAGAUAGUGAUGCUCUUAUCUGUGGUGUUUUUCAUACUCAACCCACCUUUUCAGCAAACAUUGUAUGUUCUUGUGGAAAACAUUGGGUGAUUAUAGGACACCUUUUAUGCAGGGAUAUGAGAUUAGCUCUGUAAGUACAACAAUACACCCUGAUCUUGAAAACAAAUUCAAAAUAACUUUAUUGCCCACAGUAUUAACAUGCACAAUAACAUAGUAUGUCAGAAGUUGAUAUGAAACCAUCAGGAUUUAGAUAGAGUACUUUUUUUUUUUUUUUUAAACUUUCCACUUGACAUCUCAGAAGGACCUCUUUCUUUGUAUCCUAUGUUUAAAUGUAGCUCAUUUGCACAAGAGCAUAUCUAGAUAUUCUUAAUAGUGUGCACGUCUUGACCACUAUAUAUAAAUAUUACAUUCUUACAAACAAUAUUGCAAACACUGUUAUUAUAUAGUGCUCAAGAUAUGUGCACGCUCCUUAGCCUACCUCGGUAUUCACUCAUGUAAAUUAUACAUUUCCAAUAAGGGUACAAAGAGGAAGAGAUACGUUUUGGUAACAGAAGUAAAUUAAUAUUUUUUUAUUGUACACCUAUAUGACUUCAAUAUUGACUUCUAUGUCCCUUUCAUAACCAACCUGUAGCAUAUAUUGCAAUAUAUAUAUAUAUUUUAAUGAUGCUCAGUAUUUUUAUUAUGAAGAAUUUAUUUUUUUUCUUCUAACAACUACACACAUACAGGAUAUUUAAAAACAGUGAAGUGGUUGUGUGUUUUUAUUAAUAAAACUGCCAUAUAGUUAUCACAGUCAUAAUACAUUUAUUAAACGCCAUCUUUAGCAACGUUCAGAUGUUUGAUAACUUUCAUGUGUUUUUUUUAUGGAGUGUAAAUGCUUUUUUGUAAUAAUAUUAAAUAAAAAUGUGUUCAAGAAAAUAAAAAGUUUUAAAGAUAA